CAUUAAAUUUAGUAUGUAAUGAAGAGGUCUGUAACUUUAUGUCAAAGCUGGGUUACUCAGCAAACUGUUUUUAAGCUUCAACUGACGUGACUGAUGCGACGAAAACACGAAAUGUAACACUGCCUGGAUUGUGAUGACCGAUAUAGAUGAGGCUUUCACACUGAUGGGCUUUGGCCGGAUGCAGAUAUGUGUAUUCAUUACCUGCUUCCUCCUCCAAAUGUGGGCAAACAAUGAGCAGAUGGGCUUUGCCGUGGUGGUGGCAGCGGCCACUUGUGACCUCGAAAUCUCAAAUGAGCGUGUCAGCUGGCUUAUGGUUUGCAAUUUCGGCGCCCAGAUGGUACUCUCGCUGGUUUGGGGUGAGAUAUCGGAUCGAUAUGGCAGGCGGAAGGCGAUCAUAAGCACGUGUCCUGGUGCCCUAUUGGCGUCCUUGCUGUCGGCAUUUAUGCCAGAGUUCUGGUCCUUCUUGGUCAUGCGUGUCCUUACGGGUGCCCUGUUGGGUGGACCCGUGGGCGUCAUGAUGACCUAUCUGGGCGAGUUAACAAAGGUAUCGCUUCGCCCCAAGGUCCUAAAUUAUUCCAACUAUGCAUUUGGUCUCAGCCUGAUUCAAGUGCCGGCACUGGCCAUUGUGAUUCUUCCUUUGAAAACGGGUCCAUUGGAAAGCUGGCGUGCAUUGCACUUGACAAGUAUGUUUCCUGGACUUUGUGGCACGAUUGCGAUGCUAUUUUUGCCAGAGAGUCCCAAGUUCUACUUGUCCAUACAUCAGGAGGCGAAGGCCAUGAAAACAAUGGAGAGGAUUUGUCGGUGCAACAAAGGCAAGCAUGUUACACUGGCCACCUUGGGCAUUGAAUCGAUUACGCAGCCUCGCUUGGAGACCCCAGAUAAAGGACACUGCACCAAGUCUAAGACUUUGUUGACUAAAUACCGCAACUACAUGCUUCUGAUGAUGUUUAUCAUUGUCAUCCAUUCUGGAAUGGGCUUUGGCCUACCCAUUUGGAUGCUGCGCAUCAGAGUGGCAAUGCAGUCGAGAAAAGAAGGACCCACUAUGUGCGAGCACAUGCGGGAAACGACUGCAGCGAGGAUCAUCCAGUGUGACCUGCAGCUCAGCGACUUGUUAGAUGUCAUCAUCCAUGGUUUCGUGGUUUUAGGUUUCUUUAUAGUCACAAGUCUUCUCCUGUUCAUCCUGUCGCGACGAGUGGUAAUGCUUUCCUAUAUUGGCAUAGCGAUCAUUGGCGGCAUUAAUCUCAACUUUGCAAGGAAUAACCAUUUGAUACUGAUAUGUUUCUUUGCGUUGAUUGAUGCCCCACUGUGCUGCCUGAGGCUGUUAGUGACAUUCCUCAUAGACCUGAUACCAACGCACCUGAGGGGCAAGGCCAUGGCAAUUCUCUUUAUGAUGGGACGCAUUGGGGUUUUGUCAACCAGUGUGUUUGUGGGCUAUACCUUGGGCUGGAAUUGUCAUGCUACCUUCAAUACCUUAAUGAUCAUUCUGGCAGCGUCUGGUAUUCUUGUCUUUAUGUUACCUUCGGAUCGUCGCAUUCAGGCGAUGUAUAAAUCAUAAAAAAUUCUAUUCAUAAGUGAUUUCUUAUCGACGACCUUUAAUAAAAAACAAUUGUGAGUUGA